UGUAUGUAUAAAAUCUUGUACAAAUCUUGUGUAUACAUUCCUUGAUUGAAACCAUGACCUAUGAUCAAUAUUCCAGCUUUCUUCAUCAACUAUAUUAUCCAAUAUACCUCGAUAGAAAGUCUGCUUCAUCAGACGAAGAGAAAAGUUAUGAUAGCACAAUUAGUCAAAGUGGUGACAUGAGUUGGCAGAAAGCCACAUUUGUCUUAUUAUCAGAGACGAUUGCUAUAGGAGUACUCAGUAUGCCUUCAGCUUGUCGUCGCAUGGGUGUCGUGAGUUACUACCGUAAUAACUACUGUAUUCCUUGUAAACAUCAUCCUCAAGUUCGGAAUUUCGCUGAUGCUGGUGCUGUUAUGAGUACUCUGUUGUAUCGAGUCUUUACAGCACUUUUGAUGCUGAAAGGUUUCUUCAGAACAGCUAGCCAUAUCUCCGCAGGAAUUAGCGCUUUUACUUUCUUCUCAAACAAUACUGUUUGCUCGACAAUCGUUGGUAUCGUCGUCGUCAUCAUUGGGUUUCUUCUGUCGAUUCCACGAAAGUUUAAACACACGUCAUUUGUUUCGCUGAUUGGUUUCAUUUGUAUUGCCAUAAGUUGCUUCCUUACUCUUAUCGGUGUAGCUAUUGAGCGACCACAAUAUGGCGAAGUAACAUGGAAGGCUUUUAAUAAUCCCGGUCUUAAUGACACAGUAGGAGCAAUUACUGAUAUAAUAUAUGGAUAUUCUGCCCAUGGAAGCUUCUUUACCUUUAUUUCAGAAAUGAAAGGUCGAUCUAGAGAUUUCAAGAAGUCGUUGACUAUAGUUCAGAUUAUCUCUAUAACUUUUUAUGUAGUUAUAGGCGCUGGUGUUUAUAUAAUUGUAGGCGAUCAAAACGGUUUGUCGCCCGCGCUACUCAUACCACAUAUCUCGAUAGCAAAACCUGGAAAGCUAGUUGGAUAUGAACUCGUGCCAUUUUUCAAUGAUUUACUUAGUCUAACAUCAAGCAUUGAGGCUGUUUGCCUUUCCUACUAUGCAUCGUCUAUCCUCCGGUUCUACGAUAACCAAGGAAGAAUGUUUGUAAACAGAUGGAAGAUGACGAUGUUUCUAGUAGCAAUGAUAAGUGUCGCUCUUGGAGCUGUGAUAACACCGUUGGGUAUGGCAACGUCAAUAAUGUCAAUUGCGGAUGGGUUUAAAGAUGGUCAAUUUGGAUUGCUUUUCGCGUGUAAAUCUUGA